GAAUACAAUCACGUGGAUCCGGACGACGGCCUCUUGAUCGUUGCCAAUGGCAGCAAGCAGGUCCGGCUGUUCAGCUGUCAAUCAAUCGACCGACUCUACCCUAACAAGCUCGGCACAAAAGGAAGAACCGUGAGUUAUGAUUAUGAUGACGAUGGCAGUGGUAAUGAUGAUGAUGGUGGUGGUAGGGUGAUGGUGAUUAUUGUGAUUUUAUUGUACAUCCCUGCAUUUUGGUGGCACCAGAUCACAUCCACAGAAACCACCAUCUCAAUCAACAUCUUCUGGGGUGACGCUGGUCUUAAUAACUACUCGCUCAAAGUCAUGCGAGAACCAACAUGGUGUUGUUUCAGAUACUGGUUGUUGAACAUCAUUGAGCAGAACAGAAGUCAGAUUUCAUUCCCACGUAUUCUCAAUCGUCUAUCUGAAUCUCUGCCAAACUUUUUGAUGACGCAAUGGCAUGAAAAGCUGACGUCAUCACAGACGAACGAGCUGGUCGAAGUCGUCGUCGGCCACUUGAGUAAUGAUAAUGAUGCCUGUGAUGAUGAUGAUGAUUGUGACGUGAGAAGAACUGUUGGAAAUGCCCCGGUCCUUAAGAUUCGUGGCCUGCUAUGGAGGAAGUGA